CAAUUUGGUCCUUUCGGUCUACGGCCCGUCCCCCACCUACCGCCCGCCCACCAACCACACCUCCCCUUCCCUGCAAAAUGGCCAUCCCGUCGGCUACGAGGAGAUGGUUGAAGCCGCCGCAUUAGGAGUAAGAAGGCGGCGAGGAAUCCCUUCGUACUCUUAGCACGCAAACCCUACUCCAGCCCGAAGCCUUCCCUCAUGGCCGCACCUGCUUCCUCUUCCAUCCAUUCUCCUCUUCGAUCUUCACUGAGGAUCCCGCGCGGCCGAAAUUGUUCUCCCCCCGGCGCCUCAUCCAUUUCCCUCCUCCCGCGCGGCCUCCGCUCCACCUCCCUUGGUCGGAUCGGCUUCAGCUGUUCGUCGUCUGAUCAAAUCCUCACGAGGGUCGCCGCUAGCUCAGCUCCUGUGAUGGAUCCGACGAAGGGAGAGGUAGCACUUAAGGUUCCUACCGUUGUGGACGUCGAUCUUGGGGACCGAAGCUACCCGAUUUACAUUGGCUCGGGCCUGCUCGACGCUCCGGAUCUACUCCAGAGACAUGUAGCGGGGAAGAGGGUGCUUGUUGUAACGAAUACCACGAUUGCUCCUCUGUACCUCGACAGAGUUGUCGAGGCUUUGACGCGUGGGAAUUCUCAUGUCUCUGUUGAGAGCGUUAUCCUACCUGACGGGGAAAAGUACAAAGAUAUGGGAACCCUGAUGAAAAUAUUUGAUAAGGCAAUAGAAUCUAGGAUGGACCGCCGUUGCACAUUUGUGGCUCUUGGCGGGGGAGUAAUUGGCGACAUGUGCGGCUUUGCGGCUGCUACUUAUGUUCGUGGUGUUAACUUUAUUCAGAUCCCGACGACUCUGAUGGCUCAGGUGGACUCAUCUGUUGGUGGGAAGACUGGAAUAAAUCAUCCACUAGCCAAGAACAUGAUUGGCGCAUUCUACCAACCACAAUGUGUUCUUAUAGAUACUGAUACUCUAAACACGCUGCCCGAUAGAGAACUUGCUUCGGGUAUAGGUGAAGUUAUCAAAUAUGGGCUUAUCAGGGAUGCAAAGUUCUUUGAGUGGCAAGAGAGGAAUAUGGAGGCACUUCUGGCAAGGGAUUCAAGUGCCUUAGCAUAUGCCAUCAAGCGCUCAUGUGAAAACAAAGCUGAUGUUGUUUCCUUAGAUGAGAAGGAAAGUGGGCUAAGGGCUACCUUGAACUUGGGUCAUACAUUUGGGCAUGUGAGAUACCGGGACUUUCCAAAUUAUUAUAAUUUCUUUUUCGUACUUAUUUUGGGUUUUCCUAACAAAUCAUGAAUCAUCAUUAGUUUU